GUACAUAACUUACGAGAGGAUAAAAUCGAAAAUUCAAAUGGCGUUUGAGAAGCUUAGGAGGAGAAAAAAAAAAAAAUUCAUAUCUUCCACUACAAAAUGAAAAAUAAAAAAUCGCAACAGCCAACAGAGAUUUGAGGAUUGCGCGCUAAAGCUUUACAAUUGACAACAUAGGUUCUUGUUUCUCUCUUCCCAAUUCCUUAAAGUUUUCAUUUUUACUUUAAAUUUUUAAUUUUUUCUAUUGGGUCAUGCUCUAUUUGUUUCAUUUCUGAACCUGUUUCAACUUCAUCUCUGGUUUGGUUUUAGUUCAUAAUUCAAUGUCAUUAUUCAUUAUGUUGAAUUUCCCAUUUCAAUUUCACAUACCUGUUACUUGUUGUCUUAACAAACUUGGUUACUGCUCUUUUGUUGCUCAUACAAAUGUUUGUAAUAACUACCUUAGCAACAACAUUGUUUUCUUGUCACAACAACCAAAUUGUUAUGUUCCCUCAAUUGGGUCAUUAGGGUUUCAUGUUUCCAACACACCACUUAUGUCUAAGGACAGUAUUGUUCCUACUGUUGUUGACUUUGGUCUUCCUCCACAAAAAUAUGAUAAUUUUGAUGAUGAUAAUGAUGAUGCUGUUGUUGUUGUUGAUGAUGAUAAUGAUGUUGAUGUUGAUGAUGAUGAUGAUAAUGAUGUUGUUGAGGAUGAUGAUGUUGAUGUAUAUGAUGAAUAUAAUGAUGAUGGCGAUGAAGGAAGAGAGGAAUUUGAUUCAUUUUUUGUGUCAAAUAAGAAAUUGGGUCCCUUAGGGGAAGUGGGAGAAGAUAGAGUUUUAAGAAGAGAAGAUGUUGACUUGUCUUUCGCGGCCGAGAAGGAAUUGCGACACCAGGGUACGGAAGAGGGGUUACUUGUGAAUGAGGAUGGACCUCUUUUUUUGGAGGAAAUGGAUGAGAAUGUGCUAUCUAAUAGGAUUUUGGAGCUUAGUAGAACUAAUAAGAUUAGGAGUGCAAUGGAAUAUUUUCGGUCUAUGGAAAUGUUUGGUCUUUGUCCGAAUAUUCAUGCUUGUAAUUCUCUUUUGUCUGGUCUUAUGAGAAAUGGGUUUUUUGAGGACUGUUUUAAAGUGUUCAAUUUUACAAAAUCGAAAAGGAUGACUACAAGGCAUACUUAUAGUUUGAUUCUUAUGGCAUGUGCGAAAGCUCAAGGAUGUGAUUCGGCCGUUGAAUUUUUCAGAAAACUAGAAAGGGAUUGUGAUGCAGGGAAAGAUUUUGAUGCAGUUGUUUACAACACCAUGAUAUCGAUUUGUAAAGAGGUUGAUAAUUGGAGUGAAAUAGAGAGGUUAUGGAGGAGUAUGAAAGAAAAUGGGUGUGCUCAAACGCUGGUUACGUAUCGAUUAUUAAUUAGUAGUUUUGUACGAUGUAACCAAAGUGAGCUUGCUCUUUAUGCUUACCAUGAAAUGGUUCAAAAUGGAUUCGAACCAAAUAGCAAUAUAUUAAAUUCCAUCAUUUGUGUAUGUGCUAAGGAGGGAAAAUGGUACGAUGCAUUAAAUAUCUUUCGGAAAAUGUUGACAGCUGACUUCAAACCGAACUUAGUCGCAUGCAAUGUAUUGAUUAACUCACUUGGAAGAGAAGGGGAACUCAAACUAGCAUUUCAGGUCUACAAUACAAUGAAAUCGUUGGGUCAAAAACCUGAUGCAUAUACAUACAAAGCCCUAAUGAGUUCUCUCAACAAGGCCGAUAAACACCACGAAGCUCUCCAGCUUUACAAGUGGAUUGAAAGAAAUCAAAUGCUUGAAUUCAAUAAACAGUUAUACAAUACUGUUUUAAUGUCUUGCUCAAAGCUUAGGUUGUGGGGUAAAGCUGUUGAAAUUCUGUGGCAAAUGGAAGCUUCUGGAAUGUCGGAUUUGACAGUUUCGUAUUACCUUGUGAUCCGGACUUGUGAGCUUGCGAGGAAGCCAAAAAUUGCUUGGCAGGUGUAUGAGCAUAUGGUUCACCAGAAGUGCAGUCCAAACAUAUUUACUUAUCUUUCUAUAAUAAGAUGCUGCACUAAAGGAUAUCUCUAUGAAGAAUUAGAAGAACUACUAAAUAAGGUUGAGCCAAACGCGGCUCUUUAUAAUGCUGCUAUUCAAGGGAUGUGUUUACGUGGCAAGUUUGACUUGGCGAAUGAGGUUUACACAAAAAUGCUAGAGCUCAGUCUUGAACCUGAUGUCAAAACACAAGUACUAAUGCAUCCUAAGAUAAGGAAAUAAUUUAUCAAUUGCUAUUGACUAACAUAACAAAGUUUUUUUUUUUUUACUAACAUAACAAAGUUUUGAAACAGAUUAAAAGGUUACUGUAAGUCUGCAACAACUGUAUAGUUAGUUACCAUCUGCACUCCUUUUUCUUCUAUGGUCCUGAGUUAUGUAAAAAACUCGUCUUUUUAAAUAUUUAUGUAGAUCAUGUAAAUGCUCAAAUUAUUGUACCCUUUUCUGUGAUAUGUUCAUGAAUUCAUUUCCUAGA